AUGAUCGACGAUAACUUGACUGUGGACGAAAGCGACAACAACCUUUUUGAUGGAAGAAUAAAAUUCUUCAAGAGUGACGAAACCAACUCGUUCCACAGCGUAGAACCGGUUGUUGCGAGUGAUGACGAGGGUGACGAGGAUGCAGAAGAGGAGGAUGAUCAAGAUGAACCGGGAGGGCCUGACGAUGUGGAGGAAGGGCGCGCUGCGCAAGUCGACGGCGCCAUCAUGAUUGGAACGGUAGCCUGGAAGAGGAAGAAGCGGAAGAAGCCCAAGUAGAUGACGAGCAACGCGGGUGGAAGUAGCACCGCGCAGGGGGGGAUAGAAGCGGUGGAGAAGGCGAACAGCGAAGUGGCUAUCGACGCGGUGGAGGAGGCGAUCGCCGAAGUGGCCAUCGACGCGAUGGAGGAGUCGAACAGCGAAGUGGCUAUCGACGCGGUUGACCAAGCUACCCAACAUACAGGUGCAGAUGGUCGAGGAGAGGAAAUAGCGCCCAGCAGUGAAGACGUCGACGUCGACGCCGAGGCUCUCGCAGGAAUGGAUGGAGAAAUCUCCGCGGGGGAAAAAAAACCGGGUGACGACGAAGACGAGGAGUUAAAUAGGCCUCUCUGUGGAAGUGACGACGAUGGGAAGGAAAAGAGUAGCCAAAAUGGUAUCCCAAAUGGUGGCCCAAAUGGUAGCCCCAAAGGUAGUCCAAAUGGCAGCCCAAAUGGUCAUGUCGAAAGGAGAAGCAUAAAUAGCAGUGCUCCAUUUUUACCGUCACCAUCUCACCACGACAUUUCGGAUAACCACUCUACGGUGUACUCAAAGAAAAGGCUGGAUGGGGAAGAGUUUCCCUUUUUGUGUUAUUAUGGAUGCGGGAAGGAUGCCCUGCAGCCCCCGUGGAGACAGAUGCAGAUGCAGAGGCAGACACAGACACAGAAGCCGAGGCAGUGGAGUUUCCAAAGUGGGAAAACGAUGGAAAAGCGGAUAACCAUCCGUGGGAGGGGGGAAAGUGUGCCAAGUGAGUACACAUGCAGGAGGAGUAGGAGGAAUGGGAUGAGUGGGAUGAGAGUUUCUUCUUCGGGCACAGACAUAUCGAAGAUAGCCAACAUGCAAAAGAAAGAAGGAGUGGAAGCAAAGGAGCAGAGUGAAAAUCGGUUUUCCCAUUGGAGUAACGAGAACCAUCGUGGUGGUUGUGCUCCUAACGAGAGAGUAUUGCCAAAGUUUAAGUCGCUUAGUAAUGACUUGGAAGAGACGCAUAGUGAUGGGCUGCAUUUUAUUCACACAUCGAUGAGGCAGUCAAACGGGGAAUUUGUCAGUACAGCAUUAAGUCCAGGUGUAUACCUUUGCGAAAGUAGUGCAAGGAAGGAGGAAUGCUACGUGGGUAAAUCACAGGAGAGGAGAGACUUAACCCCUUGGGAGGAUCCAAGAAAAGGACAAGCUGGACGCCAUUGUGGGCACGAUGGAAAAGCUUACACCAAAGAGGGAGUAGGAAGAACUUCCUUUUUGGCACCCUCUGCACGAAUGUAUAUCCGAGACGAUGUGAAGAAGGGUGACCUUAUCGUUAGAGGUGGAUGCGAUCCGCUAGUGCCCCCGUUUAAAGGAUUAAAGGUUAACUAUCGCAGUUCGGGGGACUUGCCCUGGGGGGGAAGCGAUGGGUGUGGACAGCGAUGCCCAGGGGAGAGAAGUCUCCAACGAGAGAAGAAUCACCAACGGGAGAAGAAUCACCAACGGGAGAAGAAUCACCAACAGGAGAAGAAUCACCAACAGGAGAAGAAUCACCAACAGGUGGAUGCCGGCCAAGCGGAGGAACCCAACAAGGAGUGGAGCGGCUUCCACGCAGAGAAGGAAAUCUUCUUCGAAGCGAUAAAAAAUAUCAUACGGAUCAUGAAGGAAAUAAAAAAGAUAAAAAUGAAUUUGAAAAUCGAAAGGAACUAUUCCCUAGUUAUUCAAGACAAAAAAAAAAACGAAUUGGAGAAACUCAUCGAUUAUUUGACAUACCAAAAGGAGGUGAGAAAAAAAUUAAAGAAGCAUUACUUUGACAAGAUAAACAGGGGAUUGUUUACAUUCCUGCUGAGGAGUAACCGUGCCAACUUUUUCUUCACAGAGGAGGAAGUAAAAUUGCUUAAGCGAUGGAACGAAAUAAAGUACACAAAGAUGAGUAGUAGUUCGGGAGGGAACACCGAAGGGGAUGGGGAUGGAGAUGGGGAUGGCGGUAGGAUGUCCUGCCUUGGAAGGAGUGGUGGUUACGUAGAGGGGGGACCAUCGGACAGAAGAAAAAUCCUCCACCAGUUGAGGCAUUUAAAUAAGGUCAUUGGGCAGAAGGGGGAAGCCAACGGGGGGGGUGAAGCUUUGUGGACCAACAGGACUGAUGAAGCCUUGUGGACCAACGGGGGGAGUGAAGCUUUGUGGACCAACGGGGCUGAUGAAUCCUUUUGGACCAACGGGGCUGAUGAAUCCUUGUGGACCAACAGGGCUGAUGAAUCCUUGUGGACCAACAGGGCUGAUGAAUCCUUGUGGACCAACAGGGCUGAUGAAUCCUUGUGGACGAACUGGGGUGGCCCCCCCGGGGAAGGGCCCUGUCGAAGGGGCGGACAAAGGAAGAACAAAAACGUGAAGGAUUCCAUUCGAAGCGGCUACCUGGCGAGUACCCCGUCGCGUCCCAUUUGGUACGAAUCAUAUUUCACACAUUGCGAAAAGAGGCAGAGAAACAUAUUUAACAUUUUUUUAUGUUUGAAAAAUGUGAAAAAAAAAUGCGUCUCGAAGAGAUUUAAAAGGAAGAUAAAGAAUGGGCAAAUAUAUUUGUCAAAAAUUUACGAUGGUGAGAAGGUGCUAAGUCAUGUUAAGUACAUUUUGGAGAAGUUGUUAAGAAGGGAUAUCCCCGAGAUUGUUUGCUUACACAUCAAUGAUUGCUUCGUGGAUGCUACAAUUUCGUUUUUCAUUUCGUUACUUUUGCUUCUUUUUAAAAAUGUAAAUACGAUUAAGGUCAUUCGCUGUCACAUUUAUUAUGCUUACCUGAGUCUUUUUUUGUCUUAUCAGAAAAGGAAUAACCUGAGAAGGAUGCAUUUUGUGUGCAACAGUAUCUUUUGGACGAGGCCUCCUGAUUUUAGGAACUUUCGCGGGGAAGUGCACUCCGCCAGACAGCAGGAUAGCUUCCUUCUCUACUUUAACACCAAUUAUGUGAAGAAGCGAAAGAGGAAGGGGGAGGGGCGGUCAAACUUGCGCGGGGAUGCCACAACGAGGCAGCGGUGUCGACGUGAAAAUUCGAGAGAAACUAGUUUGAAAAGUUGCAUCCGGGGAAGGGCGGCCCCUCACUCAAAUGGUGCGUCCACGGGGAAUUAUAGGAUAGUCGUGAAGAGAAAAAAAAAAGUUGCCCGUUUUGGCUUGGACGAGUUUUAUGAGUGCUUCGUCUUGGGGAAGGAGGCAACUGUGAGGGGAGAAGCAAUCGAGUUGACGGAGGCAAAUGGGGGGAAGGAACCAAAUGUGAGGGGCGAACCCAAUGUAGGGGACGGACCAAAUGUAGGGGGCGAACCAAAUGUAGGGGACGGACCAAAUGUAGGGGACGAACCAAGUGGGGUGGAUAAUCAAAGGAUCACGCUACACAACUCGGCGAACGCGUACAACAUCCACAGCGGCUCGGGGAGCGACGAAAACACGUCAGAAGAUUCACUGAAGGAAGAACUGCAGGAGUGCGUGUGUACCUUCCCAAGAAAAAGAAUACAAGAAGCAAAUUUUUCCAUGCUAAAAAAAUUAAAGUUAUGCUCAAAUAAAUUAAAUGAUGAUGCCCUCAUGUACAUAUGCACACUUAUAAAAAAGGACAAGCUAAAAAAUCUUAAAAUUCUCGACUUGAGGUGGAAUAAUUUUACCUACAGAAGCUUGUUAGCUCUGUCAUUGGCAUUAACAAACACUACUGUGAAUGAAGCAUCAGAGAAAAUACACUGCAAAAGGAGGAAACUACACAAGCUUCUACUCUCAGGAAAUAACAUCAAAAGUUCUCUGUACUCUUCAUUCCUGUCAAGUUUCUGUACAUGUAAUUUUAUUGUCGUAAAAAAAUUGGACUUCUCCAUGAACGUAAUCGACAAUGAUUCAUUCGCAAUCACGUUGAAAUAUUUCAAGCACAUUUUUCAGCUACAAAAAAAGAAUGAAAAAAAAAACAUUGGGGAUGUCUUCAUAAACCUCGAUCACAAUAAUUUGAAAAAUUCUGCUUAUAUUAACAAAUUGGCACAGCUUUUGAACAAAUUUCCCUCCAGGGGAUGGAAGCCAAAUGGGGAGAUCCAGACCCCCCACACGCAGGAACGCAACUCAAUUGGUGAAGAAUCUCGACAAGGAGUACUACUCAGUUUGCAAUAUAAUAAUAUAAAAAGAGGCACCUGGGGUGAAGAUCCCGGACGGGUGUCUACGUCACGGAUUAAGUUCUGA